AUGUCUCUAACAAUUCCCACAAACCUCUCAAUGUUGAAGCCAAAACUCAGCUCCCCAUUGGCCACAAAACUGCCAAGGACCAUGGUCUUCUGCUCAGCCUCUCAAACUCCAAACCCUACCCCAGAGAAAAUAUCCACUGCAUCACCAAUGCAGGCUUUCUCUGCUGCACUUGCCCUGUCCUCCAUCCUCCUGGGCUCAGCUCCCAUGCCUGCAGUGGCAGACAUCUCAGGCCUCACCCCAUGCAAAGACUCCAAGCAGUUUGCCAAGCGUGAGAAGCAGCAGAUCAAGAAGCUUGAGUCUUCACUGAAGCUCUAUGCACCUGACAGUGCACCAGCCCUGGCCAUCAACGCCACCAUAGAGAAGACUCAGAGGAGGUUUGCCAACUAUGGCAAGCAGGGUUUGCUCUGUGGCUCUGAUGGGCUUCCCCAUUUGAUUGUCAGCGGUGACCAGAGGCACUGGGGUGAGUUUAUCACCCCCGGAAUUCUGUUCCUGUACAUUGCUGGGUGGAUUGGGUGGGUUGGCAGGAGCUACUUGAUUGCCAUCAGGGAUGACAAGAAGCCAACGCAGAAGGAGAUCAUCAUUGAUGUGCCUUUGGCCACUAGCUUGGUUUUCAGAGGCUUCAUCUGGCCUGUGGCUGCUUACAGAGAGUUCGUGAACGGUGAACUUGUUGCCAAGGACGUUUAA